AUGCUGUGGCUUGCACAAGCAUUAUUGGCGGGCCUUGCCCAUGCCCAGUAUUCUAACAACACCACACCGGGCGCAAAUGACACCAGCAGCAGUCCUUUGGACUUUGCUGACAGCCCGCCUUUCUACCCAUCUCCCUGGGUAGAGGACACUACCGGCGACUGGGCCGAUGCCAUCACCAAGGCAAAGGCAUUCGUCAGCCAGCUGACUCUUCUCGAGAAGGUCAAUCUCACCACCGGAACAGGAUGGCAGAGUGAGGCCUGCGUCGGCAACGUCGGCGCCAUUCCCCGUCUCGGCUUCGACUCUUUGUGUAUGCAAGACAGCCCUCUGGGUAUCCGUUUCGCAGACUACGUCUCCGCUUUCCCAGCAGGAGGCACUAUUGCUGGAUCAUGGGACCGUGGCGAGUUCUACCAACGUGGUUACCAGAUGGGUCAGGAGCAUCGCGCAAAGGGUGUCGAUGUGCAACUUGGUCCCGUCGUCGGUCCUCUUGGUCGCAACCCUAAGGGCGGCCGUAACUGGGAAGGUUUCUCCCCCGACCCCGUCCUGUCUGGCAUUGCUGUCGCCGACACUGUCCGCGGUAUUCAGGAUGCCGGUGUAAUUGCUUGCACCAAGCAUUACAUCAUGAACGAGCAGGAGCACUUCCGCCAGCCCGGUCAGUUCGAAGACUUUGGUUUCGUCGAUGCGCUCAGCUCCAACUUGGACGACAAGACUCUGCACGAGCUGUACUUGUGGCCCUUUGCCGAUGCCAUCCGUGCUGGAACUGGCUCGAUCAUGUGCUCUUACAACAAGGUCAACAACUCGCAGGUUUGCCAGAACUCGUACCUACAGAACUACAUCCUGAAGGGCGAGCUCGGCUUCCAGGGAUUCAUUAUGUCUGAUUGGGAUGCCCAGCACUCUGGUGUUGCUUCCACUCUUGCUGGUAUGGACAUGACCAUGCCCGGUGACACCGACUUCAACUCCGGCCAGUCCUUCUGGGGACCUAACCUUACAAUCUCCAUUCUCAACGGCACCGUUCCCCAAUGGCGUCUUGACGAUGCCGCUGUCCGCAUCAUGGCCGCCUACUACUACGUCGGCCUUGAUGAGUCUAUUCCUGUCAACUUCGACAGCUGGCAGCGCGACACAUACGGAUACGAGCACUACUACGCAAAGACUGGUUACGGACUUGUCAACCAGCACGUUGAUGUCCGCAUGGACCACUUCCGCUCCAUUCGCCGCACUGCUGCCAAGUCCACCGUCAUGCUCAAGAACUCUGGCGUUCUCCCUCUUACCGGAAACGAGAAGUGGACUGCUGUGUUCGGCAACGACGCUGCUGAGAACGAGUACGGCCCUAACGGAUGUGCUGACCGUGGUUGCGACAACGGUACCUUGGCCAUGGGCUGGGGUUCAGGAACCGCUGACUUCCCUUACCUUGUCACCCCUCUCGAGUCUAUCAAGCGCGAGGUUACGGACAACGGCGGUGUCGUUACUUCUGUUACUGAUAACUAUGCCUACGCUCAGAUCCAAGCUAUGGCUAGCCAGGCUGACACCGCUAUCGUCUUCGUCAACGCCGAUUCUGGUGAGGGUUACAUCACCGUUGAUGGCAACGCUGGUGACCGCAACAACCUCACUCUUUGGCAGGGUGGUCAGACUUUGGUCCAGAACGUCUCCGCGCUGUGCAACAACACCAUUGUUGUCAUCCACUCUGUCGGCCCUGUCCUUGUUGACAGCUUCUACGACAACGAGAACGUCACCGCUAUCCUCUGGGCCGGUCUUCCUGGCCAAGAGUCCGGUAACGCUAUUGCCGAUAUCCUGUACGGCCGUGAGAACCCCGGUGGCAAGCUUCCUUUCACUAUCGGCAGCUCCGCACCUGAGUACGGUCCUGACCUGAUCUACGAGCCCACCAACGGCCACGGCAGCCCCCAGGACAACUUUGACGAGGGUGUUUUCAUCGACUACCGUGCCUUUGACAAGAACGACAUCACUCCCAUCUACGAGUUCGGUUUCGGUCUCUCUUACACUACCUUCGAAUACUCUGACAUCAAGGUCGAGAAGAAGGCAGCCGGCCCAUACCAGCCCGCUACUGGCCAGACUAUCGCCGCGCCCACUCUCGGCAACUUCAGCCGUGAUAUUGAGGAGUACCAGUUCCCCGCCAACGCUACCCGCCCGGCUACUUACAUCUUCCCCUACCUCAACUCGACCGACCUUGCUGAAGCGUCGCAAGACCCCGAGUACGGUGUCAACCACACCUGGCCUGCCGGUUACGCCGACGGCUCACCCCAAGCUCGCAUCCCCGCUGGUGGCGCUCCAGGUGGCAACCCCGCUCUGUGGGACGUCCUUUUCACUGUCGAGGCUACCAUCACCAACAACGGCACUGUCUCUGGUGACGAGGUUGUCCAGGCUUACGUUGCGCUUGGUGGACCUGAGGACCCCAAGGUCCAGCUUCGUGGCUUUGACCGCUUGAGCAUCCAGCCCGGUCAGAGCGCUACAUUCCACGCCGACAUCACCCGCCGUGAUGUUAGCAACUGGGAUGUUGCCUCCCAGAACUGGGUUAUUUCCGAGUACCCCAAGACGGUGUACGUUGGUGCUAGCUCGCGCAAGUUGGUUCUUAGCGCUGAGCUUGACACCAGCGACUACACCUCUUAG